AAGAAAAUACAAGCGAACGCUGAUAUUUGAUCACCACUGAAUACGUUAUGUAAGGUUCUUCGAUACUUGUCGACCAAAUUGAUUCAAACGUGUCUACUAGUCUAUACAAUAUCAUAUAAAACAUGCAUUUUACCUUCGAAGUAGACUCUUAUCUUCUCCCAAUAAUAAUUACAAUCCGCGUCUUCACGAAUCACACUAGAAUUUCACCGUAAAACUUAAAAUUAACUGUAAAAUUGUAGAGAAGUUACAACCUCACAAACGUCCGACGUGCCGCGCAAUGGCUUCGAUAUCUCGCGAGUUUCGAGACCGCGCAAGAAACGACUCGAGUCGAUACAGUCGGUAAGGUCGAUCAGCUGCAACAGUCGAUCGUGCAUGGUUGCGUGUGUGCGGAUUGCACCGCCGCUUCGAGCAGCAGCUUUAUUUACUAAUUAGAGUGUCGAUGUGCAGUAGGAAGCGUUAAAUGUGCGUGAAAAUGUCGAAUCCGGGCGGUAGUAGGAGGAACGGGGCCAUGAAGAUUCGUUUGACGAUUUUAUGUGCCCGUAAUCUUGCGAGAAAAGAUCUGUUUCGGCUACCGGAUCCUUUUGCUAAAAUCACAGUUGAUGGCUCAGGCCAGUGUCAUAGUACGGAUACGUGCAAGGCAACACUAGAUCCUAAAUGGAAUCAGCAUUAUGAUUUAUACAUUGGAAAGAAUGAUGGCAUUACAAUAUCAGUGUGGAAUCAUAAAAAAAUUCAUAAAAAGAAAGGUGCAGGAUUUCUGGGAUGUGUACGAAUAUUAUCCAUUACAAUUCAAAGACUCAAGGAUACAGGAUAUCAACGAUUAGAUCUUUGCAAAGCACAUUCAGAUGACACAGAUGUGGUUAAAGGACAAAUUGUUAUAUCUCUGUUAUCACGGGAUGGUCAUAACGGUGCUGUGAGUAAUACAGUUGGUCACAAUGCUGUAGUAGAUGUCCUUGGAGAUCUUAGUUGUCCAACAGAUUUACCAGAUGGAUGGGAAGAGAGAAGAACUCAGAGUGGACGACUUUACUAUGUUAAUCAUUAUACGAGAACUACGCAGUGGAUUCGUCCGAAUGCUCGGCCUAGCAAUGGUAUUAUACCAACUACGCCUGAGCCACCGCCGCUUCCUUUUUCCGAAUCUACUUCUCCCAGUGGCAGUGGGAGUCCUCCCAAUUUAACAACAGAAAGUCCUACAAGAUAUACACCUGAAUGGAACGGAGAAGGAACGCCUAGUAGGACGCCUAGCAGAGAUAGUUCUGCUUCAAAUACACCGAGAAAUACACCUACUCAACAACAAAAUAGAAAUCAACAGAAUCAACAUAAUACAAGAAACAUGACACCAGCGUCGAUUAGAGAGCGGCGUCCUGUUAGAGUAACCGAUGAACAGAAUGGUAAUCAAAGUGGAAAUGUUAGACCAGAUCGUAGCAUCAAUAGUGGUCAACCACGUAGGCCUAAUCGAAGUAAUAGAAAUAGAAACAGUGUAAUACCGAAUAAUGAGAGGAGAUAUGAUCCUCCGCAACCACCAGAUUUACCUAGAGGCUAUGAAAUGAGGAAAACGCAACAAGGACAAGUAUAUUUUUAUCAUGUACCAACUGGUACGUCUACAUGGCACGAUCCUAGAAUACCUCGAGAUUUACCAGCAAACGAAUUGGCAAAUGAACUUGGACCAUUACCUAGUGGCUGGGAAAUGCGACAAACGCAAAGCGGUCGUGUUUAUUUUGUGGAUCACAAUAACAGAACUACACAAUUUACUGAUCCCAGAUUGUCCAGUCAAAUUAUAAGCAAUUUACUAAAUAGGCGACAAAAUAAUAGUACAACUAAUCAAACAAGUAAUUCAAGUAAUUCAGCUCCAGCUACAAGUGAAACGUCAGAAGCAGAGACGCCUGCAUCACCAAGCAUUCAAAGCAAUAUGGUUCAACAAAGGCCAAGGACAGAAAGUGGAAGUAAUAAUAAUUCGCCGACGUUGGAAAGUACACCAUCGACCCAGAAUGCACAGACUGUAUCUGAAUUGCCAAAGGAACUAAUGGAUAAUGAACUUUUGCCAAAAUAUAAACGAGAUUUAGUAGCAAAGUUAAAGUGUUUGAGAGCAGAAUUGAACGCUCUUCAGCCUCAAAGUGGACAUUGUAGACUUGAAGUGUCGAGAAAUGAAAUAUUUGAAGAGUCAUACAGAUUGAUAAUGAAAAUGCGACCAAAAGACAUGCGCAAAAGACUUAUGGUAAAAUUCCGUGGUGAGGAAGGUCUUGACUAUGGUGGAGUAGCGCGAGAGUGGUUGUAUUUACUAUCACACGAAAUGUUAAAUCCACAAUAUGGAUUAUUUCAAUAUUCAAGAGAUGACAAUUAUACACUUCAAAUCAACCCAGAUUCAGGAAUAAACCCAGAACAUUUAUCGUACUUCCAUUUUGCUGGCAGGAUAAUAGGAAUUGCCGUUUUUCAUGGUCAUCAUAUAGAUGGCGGUUUCACAACUCCGUUUUACAAAAUGUUGCUUAACAAAGCUAUAACUCUCACCGAUAUAGAAGGGGUCGAUCCAGAACUACACAGGAGUCUUACAUGGAUGCUAGAAAACAGUAUCGACGGAGUGCUGGAUGCUACAUUUUCAGUAGAACAUAGUAGUUUCGGUGUAUUGAAAAACCAUGAACUAAAACCAGGCGGUAAAGACAUUCCUGUAACUGAAGAAAAUAAAAAGGAAUAUGUCCGGUUAUAUGUAAACUAUCGUUUCAUGCGAGGAAUCGAGCAACAGUUUCUGGCAUUACAAAAGGGAUUUCACGAACUAAUUCCACCACAACUGUUGAGACCAUUUGACGAGAGGGAAUUAGAAUUGGUUAUAGGUGGCUUAGGAACUAUCGAUAUUAACGACUGGAAAAUGCACACACGAUUGAAACAUUGUACACCCGAUACGCCGGUAGUAAAAUGGUUCUGGCAAAUUGUGGAAUCUUACGGAGAAGAAAUGAGAGCUCGUUUACUUCAGUUUGUUACUGGAAGUUCCAGAGUUCCUCUGCAAGGUUUUAAAGCUCUGCAAGGAUCAACAGGAGCCGCGGGUCCGCGUCUGUUUACGAUUCAUGCCGUUGACGUGCCUAGUGAAAAUUUACCAAAAGCGCAUACUUGUUUCAAUAGGAUAGAUAUUCCAGAAAGUUAUCCCUGUUAUCAGAAGAUGCUUGAUAAACUCACACAAGCAGUUGAAGAAACUUGCGGUUUUGCUGUUGAAUAAUAGGUAAAAUACAUAUCAUCUUAUUUUACGUGUAGCGUAUAUAUAUAUUCUGUUUUAUAGAAUCACUGAGACUAUACAUUUUCAUAGCAGGAAAUAUUCGUCGACAGAUUUUUAUUGUCGUUAAAUUAAAAAUUAAUGUUCAAAGUACCGGGAGAUGAUAUCUGAGGAGAGUAAGGAAAGAGAUUUUCAUUGUAAAAUGAAAAUGAUAAUACGUAGAAUGUCAGUAAUGUUUCUGACAAUGUUUUUGUACAAAUGUCUGGAUGGCCUUGAUGGUUGUAAUGACCGGCAAGUAAUUGCCGAUUGGUACAUCAUGUAUAUGAACACUCUUGUGAUUUCCUCACUUCGUCCAUGAACAUUUAAAAUGAAAUGGUUCCUCAGAAGUUUUGAUUAUAUUGGCCUCUAACUAUUUAUUAUUCAAUGACUGAUAGAGAUGCUCGAAAAUUAUACUUUUAUUGAGGUACAUACUUUGAUUGGCCUAAAAUUUUGAUUUUAUUUAUAUUAACCAAGUUUUCCGUCGUAACUCUAGGAUCAAUAACUUACUUAUAAGAUCACCAUCAAAGAAUUGACUUCAUUGUUCAAGGUAUGAUAGAAAAAUCAUGCAUGCACAAAUAUGUGUGGAAAAUGAAUUCUUUCACACAAUGAAAAACAUUGUUCAAUUGUAAAAUAUAUACUCAUUACUAUCUCACAUUAAACGGAAAUACCUCCAAAAAUAAAUCGAUAAUUUAAGAAUCUCAGAUCAUUUAAAAUUCGCGGAUGCGUACUAUUUAAAAUAAAUUUCCUGUUAUGGGACAACGUAUUUCAUUCUUGAAAGGUUUCAGUUUCUUUUUAAUCGAAUGUAGUAGUAUCAAUAUGCACAGUCAAUUAAUAAUUUCGCAUUAAUUACCUUUCAAAUAAUAGUUUAGUGACAAGAAUAUAUACUCAAAUUCAAACAAUUAUAAUUAGACGUCUGUUGAAAACAGUGCUGGGAAUCUAGUAUUUUACAGAUGUAUUAUCACAAUACGACUCGUGGUGGUUAGGGAGAAAAUUCAAAAUUUGUAUAUAUAUAUAUAUAUAUACAUAUAUCAUAAUCUUAAACGCAAGUGUCAAAUAUUUUAUUUUAUACAUGUUCUCAAUUAUUUAACGAAACGUGUUGAUUUCAUGUCGAUGGUCAUAUCAUUGUAUACGACGCACGUAUAUUACAAAAAUAUCGUUUUUAAUUAAUUUUUGUUAAAAUGGAAAUUAAUAGGUACGAAGUACUAUCAUUGAAUAUAAAGAGGUACGCGUUCUCAGUAUUAAAAUUUAUUUUAUCAUCGUACGAGUAACACUUGCGUUGAGGAACUUUCGAAUAACGCAAUCGGCAUAUUUUGUUAUUGCUGCGCAACUCGUGUCGAACGGAAUUUAUUGUUGCUUGUUUUGUAGCUAAUAGCGCCGAAUGCGUUAAUAAAAUGUAAAUAAUAAAGUUUAAUAUAAAAUUAAUAACACAAGCGUAUAAUGUGUACGCCAAAUAGUCGUCUUUGCACGAUGAAAACGCGUCGGUUUUAGUAUAGGUUAAAUCGUGAAUCGUGUACAUUAGCUUUAAUUUAAAGUAGGACACAUAUUUAAAGAAAGAGUUUAUUCGAUGAGUUUAUGUAAAGUUAGAAAAUUUUGAUCGAAUUUACUCUUUUGUUUUAGGAGUUCACAAAAUAAUCUAUACUUUACUAGCUUUUAGUAGAGUAGAGAAACUUAUUUAUCACACGAAACCUUCAUGUAGUCUAGCAUUUACUUUUAUUGUAAAAAAUCUAGCGGCUAAUAACACGAAUCAUCAUUUCGUAUUAUUAUUGCAUUAUUGUAUGUUAUUCUGCACUUAACUGUGAUCAAGCAUAUCUUGAAAAGAGGAGAAACAGUGGGAGACAGUUUUUAACAGUUUGUUUUAUUAUUCUAUAUACGUAUUUGUGUUUCUCAUUUUUGUUUUAAAUAACAAACCUUUAUAUUAAUAUUUGUUUCGAUAAUGUCUACUAGUGAAACGUUGUUACACUUUACAUUUUUAAGUAUCACCCGUUUUCGGUUUUGAAAUACGGUCUGAUUACUUAGCCUUCGCAUUGAUGAAGAUUUAUUAUAAAUAGACUAUCGUUCUCCCUCUUGCAUGAUACAUUAACGAGGCAAUCGUUUAUAUCAGAACAAAUUACAACAGUUAACGACGAUGAUGGUGAUAAUAAUGACUAUAUAUUCGAAAAGUUUCGUAAAACAAUGUCAAAUGAAAUUUAUCGAAUGAUAUCGUUAAUUUGAAAUUAUCUAAUCACGUUAAACUGUUAUCCACAUUACUCUUUAUUUUUACACUAAUUACGUUUGAGGACUUCAUUCUAACCUAUAACAAGAUUCGCAUUCAUUGUUAAUAUAUACUCUAAUGUUCUCAAAUUUAAAUUAAUGGUAGUCGCUAUGAAAGUCUCCCACGAGUUUGUUACAUUAUAAACUUUUUCAAUCUAUCGCAUCUGAGGGGGGGAUAAGGGCCUUAUUAGUGCCUUGGAGUCGAUGUCAAUGAGAAUAGAACAAAAAUUGUAUGUCUAUUAUAUUUUGGAAUAAAAGUAAUAUUGCAUGUCGUUAAAGAAAAAAAAAAACGAAAAAAAAACAUCUCACUAAUUCUAAAAAAAAAACGUCUGAAAAUGAUCACAACGUAAAUUUUACUAGUGUAUGUGUAGAUUAUGAUAGAACAAAUGACCCCGAAGUUGGAAUACAACUAGAAAUGAAUUUAUGUCACAAUGUUGGCAAGCAUUGUCAGAAAGUUUUAAUUAAUUCAUAAUCCUUAAGUAAUUACAAAGUAUGGAACACCUUUCUGAUUAUCUCUUGCUGUUAAAUAAUUACAAACAAUGGCGUAAAUAACACAUACAUAUUUUUUAAGUAAAUUGAUCUACAAGCUAGCUACAUACACGAGUAAUCGAGGACAAACAAAUCAAUGUUUAAUAUUUAAGAUAUAAUUGAUUGCGAGUAAAAUAGGUACUUUCAGUUAUGUAUUAUUAUAAGUGCAAUUGAAUUCGAUUGUUCGUGCACGGCGUGGAUCGUAACACAAUAACGUGGAAACUGUUUCGUACAAUAUUUUAACUGCCCCCCAAUUAUAGACAUUCAGCAGGAGACAAUAUUAAAUAAUGAAUUAAGAUAAAGGGUACAAAAAUUAGAAAAUGAUUUUGAAUACAUAUCAUGUAACGUAAUUUUCAUUGCAACACGAAAUUCAGAUGCGAAACGUAAUUAAGCAGAAUAAUUAUUAAUAAAGUACGGGUAUAGAUGCUCUCUUAAAUUGUGCGAACGUUCAACGAUUAAUAAUAAUCAGAGUUUUUAAUAAACGUAUGUGGUGGCCGGAUUUCGAAUUCCAUGUUAAGUACAUUGUAUACUUGUGCUUGGCAAUAAUAGAAUUUUACUCUACCAAAUAGCAGGAUAUUUUGCAAAUAUUUAUCGACACCCAUAAAAAAAUGCAUUUCGAUAAUUGGAGGUAAAUAUUUCUUUUCGUCGAAAAGCGACAAAUGAAAACAAAUAUGAAUGCACAUUAACAGAAAUAAGGAAUCGUUUAUUCGAUAAUACAUGGAUAUUUAGGAUUUAUUUAUCGAGGUAUGCGUGGAAAUUAUGUAAAAUUGCGAAUAUGUUACUACACUGCAAUUAUUUUAUUAUUAUUAUUGCUAUUGUAAUCGUUGUUAUUAUCAUUAUUGCGCAGGACCUUCGAAAUAUAAUUGUAUAUACAUCUUUUCCUUUUGUAUUUUGGAUGAAAUGUAUAUUUUAAUAAAAUAUCCAAAGUAUGAACUUU